CGGAAGGCGUGGCCUCACCCUUGCCGGUGGGAAAGGAGAAGCCAAUGACGAGCAGGAGGCGGGGUCUAUUCUUCUGCGCUGUCCAAUGGCCACGCGCGAGGCGACUUUGGCGCGUACUUUGGGCUGGCGGGAGAUAGCGUCGCGAAGCAGGGGGCCGGCCGCUCGUCUGUUCCCGGUGGUCGUUGCGCGGGGAAAGGGCAGGAGUGUGCGCUGCGGCCGUCGUUACCAUGCUGUGCCGUUCUCUCGUUCGCCGCUGCCAGGCUGGGCCGCAGGGUGAGUAUCCGAGGCAACAUCUCCCUCUGCGCCGCUUCACCAGCCUCCAGUCAUGGCGGGGGGGGGGGGAGGGAGAUACAGCCCCUUUUUUCACCCCUCACCCUAAUUUUGGCCAAACCAAGCGCUUUCCCUCUGCAGAAAGCGGGUCAGGCCCCUUCUGCGUCCCUUUUAAUUCGAGUGCUGCCUUGAGCCCCCCUUUUGAUUGGGGCUGCCUCACGAAGACGGUUGGGAAACGUCAGUUGGGGCAGAAUUCAACGGCCAGGUUGCUCACCAGGACAACUGGAGCAAAUUACAGUGGUACCUUGGGUUACAGACGCUUCAGGUUACAUACACUUCAGGUUACAGAUUCCGCUAACCCAGAAAUAUUACCUCGGGUUAAGAAUUUUGCUUCAGGAUGAGAACAGAAAGCGUGAUCCUGUGGCGCGGCAGCACCAGGAGGCCCCAUUAGCUAAAGUGGUGCUUCAGGUUAAGAAUGGACCUCUGGAACGAAUUUACUUCUUAACCAAAGGUACCACUGUACAGUGGUACCUCAGGUUAAGAACUUAAUCCCAGGUUGCUCACCAGGGCAAGACAACUGGAGCAAAUUACAGUGGUACCUCAGGUUAAGAACUUAAUUCGUUCUGGAGGUCCGUUCUUAACCUGAAACUGUUCUUAACCUGAAGCACCACUUUAGCUAAUGGGGCCUCUUGCUGCUGCUGCACCGCCAGAGCACGAUUUCUGUUCUCAUCCUGAAGCAAAGUUCUUAACCCGAGGUACUAUUUCUGGGUUAGCGGAGCCUGUAACUGGAAGCGCCUAUUAUAACCCGAAGUACUACUGUACACCAAUCCUGUUGCGACAGCAACUGGCUGCCAGUUUUUGGGCCCAGUUCAAGGUGCGGGUUUGAACUCUGAAGCCUCAGGACUGCCUCUCUCCAUAUGAACCGACCAGGACCCUACAAUCAUUCGGGUGCCUCUGCGAGAGGAUCUGAGGGUGGCAACACAAGAACGGGUCUUUUCUGUGGUGGCUCCCCAUUUGUGGAAUGCUCUCCCCAGGGAUACUCACCUGGUGCCUUCACUACAUGUCUUUAGGCACCAGGCAAAAACAUUCCUUUUCUCCCAGGCCUUUGGCUAAUUAAACAAUCAGUGGCCUUUUAAAUGUGCUUGUCGUUUGUUUUAUGUGUUUUCAUGUAUUUUUUAUGCUGUAAACCACCCUGUGAUCUUUGGAUGAAGGGCAGUGUAUCAAUUUAAUAAAUAAGUUGUAUCCAUUUUUAAUUCCACAUUUUCUUAUACUUUAUGCCAUGCAGGGCAAGCCUUGCCACAAGAUCACCCAGUGAGCUUCAAAACUAAGCAGGGGAAUCUGCUCUUAACAUGCAGCGCUCUUGAUUCCUCAUCUCCCCUCCCCCUCCACUAUUUCACUCCAGACAACAGUUUAACCGAUCUUGGAGUGUCCAGUAUCAGAAAUCAGUCAGUGGAGAUAUUAAAUAAUAAAUAAAAGAAGCAAUAAAAUACAAUUAAUAAUCAAUACACUUACCGUAUUUUUCGCCCUAUAGGACGCACCUAGUUUUUUUGGGGGGGAAAUAAAGGAAAAAAAUUAUUCCCCCCCCCCAGGCGCGGGGCUGGGGCAGGGGAAGCCCGAGCUACCCCAGAACAGCCAGAACGGGUCCCAGAGUGAUGCAGAAGCUGCCCGCAGCUUCGGCAUCGCUCUGGCAGCUUGCGCGGCUGGGGGAGGGGGAAGCCCGAGCCCCCAGCCCCCAGAACGGACCCCGGGAGGGCAGGCAGCUCUGCGCGACCCUCCGGAGGCGUUGCGGCUUGGCACCGGGCUCCAGAGGGUCGCGCAGAGCUUCCUGAAGCCUGGAGAGCGAGAGCCUCUCGCUCUCCAGGCUUCAGCGAAAGCCUGUAUUCGCCCCAUAGGAUGCACCCACAUUUCCCCUUCAUUUUUGGAGGGGGAAAAGUGCGUCCUAUAGGGCGAAAAAUACGGUAUUUAACGUGGACGUGCCAUGGACCAUCUGAAUGAUGCUCAGAACCAGUGAAACAGUAGAUUUGAGGACAGCAUAAAUGUCAGCUGCAGUUUUAUAAACUUGUUUGCAGAGUUUUUGGUACUUACCUUCAGCAUUCAAAAUCGUCAGGCAUUUUGCACAUGGCUAUUGGCCAUUUACUAACAAGCUACUAACAUGCAUUUGACCAAACUGUGGGAGGCAGUGGAAGACAAGAAUACCUGGCGUGCUUUGGUCCAUGGGGUCACGAAGAGUCAGACACGACUAAACAGCAGCAAUCGGCCACUUGCAACCAAGUGAAGAUGCCCGUGUGCCAGGAUGUCAUCUGACAUCUCCUCCGUCUGGGGGUGCAUGCCUGGGGAUCCUUGGAUCUUGACUGUUUUCAGUUCUUUGCUGUAGAAUUCUAUCCAUUAUACUUUAUCUGCACAAUCAGAAUUAAUUUCAGGAAACAAAAAAUUGUAUUGAAAAAUACAAUUUUCAAGCUACCUGGCCCAAAACAUGGUAACUAGGCAUUACCUAGUAAUGUAACCUGGUUUAAGAAGCCAUUUGGCUCCUACCUUGUAUAUCUGAGUUUUGAACACUGCUUAUCUUUACAAAAAUCAUUUUUUCCCAGGUCUUCCACCAAGGUUUUCCUUAAACCACCUUUUGGAGUGCUAUCAGUGUACUAAAGGAGAUGAACAUGCUUCAUAUGGAGAAACAGGAAUGCCUGUUCCUCCUUUUGGCUGCACCUUUUCAACAGGUAUGGGGGAAUUUUAUCUGUAAACAUUGCAAUGUGGCAGAAAAGGGCAACCGAAAUGAUCAAGGGCCUAGAGCAACUCCUCUGUGAAGAAAGGUUAUACUGUAAUGUUUGGGCCUUUCAUAUAAAUCUGCAGGGGCUAUAUUUAUUAUUUAUUUAUUAUUAAACUUAUAUCCCAUUCUACCUCCCAUAUGAAACCAAGGUGGUAAAACAACUAGCAAUAAAAACAUGUUUAUAACAAUUCCAGUACAGAUGCACACCAAUCUUUAUGAUUGCUUAUUUAUAGAAGUAUAUCUAUGCUGCCAUAUAAUAAAAUAACAAGGCUGUGAUACAUUAUUUUAUAUAUGUUCUUACUUUAGUUCUGUGAUUACUUAACAUUUUUAUCCUGACAUUUUGUGCUGUUAGAUUGCACCCUCUUUAGUGGAGUGUUAUCCAAAGCACUUUUAAAAAUGUUUUCAAACGUACAAAUACUGCUUUGUUUUCCAGCUCCAGAUGUGCAGCAUGUACUUGCCGUUGCAAAUGAAGAAGGAUUUGUUAGGCUCUACGACACCCAUACACAAAACAAGGGGGUUUUUAGAGGUAAAAGGGAAACCUUGAUGGGAACUAUGAGCUGAAUUAGUUGAUAAAGGCAGUAAACAAAAAAAGUGUUUUGACUGAUUAAAUAAUUGGCAGAUAUUGGGAACAAGAACUUCAGUAUUUAAAAAGUAGCAUAGCAUACCUUUCGUUGUAAUUCUUAUGUCUGCUUCCAUUACUGCUUUCUUACUUGGUUGAUGGAAAGUCAAAACUUGAGAGGAUAAUUGCCACCUCCUUCAUACCUUAUAUGCAUUGCUCUGUGCUUGGGGUUUCUUCCUGCUAACCGCUCUACCACAGAGGAAGUUGUGUUUGUAUGAAAGUUAUGUGCACACAAUACUGUAAAUUGUAGUUGUUUCAGUGUUUUUCAACAGCUGUUUGUUUGGAACUAACACAGGCUUUUAUUUUCCCAAUAGAGUGGCAGGCUCACUCAAACGCUGUUUUUGAUAUUGCUUGGGUGCCUGGAGAACAUAAAAUUGUGAGUAAGCUAAAACUAUCCCUUCCUUGUUUGGCCCUUUAUAUGUGCCGUCACAAAUUCCAGUGUUCUUUCCGUCUCUUCUAUGAUAAGAUCACUAGUAGACCCAGUAACCUCACUCAUACUUUCAAAAGUUGGUUUACCUGAUAUGCAGGUAAAUUAUUGUGUUCUGUUGUUUCAUAGGCCAAAGGAGGCAAUCUAUCAAAGAAUUGUCCACAAGUGGAUUCUUAAAGAUGGAAAUGUACAGAAGAUGGCCAUUAGUAGGGGGCAUUUUUAACCUUUUGGAUAUCUGCUGACCUUGUUAGCCAUUCUUUAAAAAAUGUAAAGGGGCAGUAUCCAUGAAUGAAUCCAAUUCUGUAUCUUGCAGUUUGCCUAAAAUUCAUGAUUGAUUCUCUGUUUACAGAAUGCCUUUACAGUAAUAGUUUAGAUCCCAUGCUUUGACCCAGCAGCUGCAUAUAAAAUUAACAACUUAUAAUGUAUGUAUGUUUUACACAGUGCAUUCAGUACCAUUCAGAGUAGAAUCACUGAAAUUUACAUAACUAACUUAGGUCUAGUAAUUGCAAAAUCGGGGCCUGGUUAUUUGUGGUUCUGUUACCUUUGAAACUUCCACUUUCAUAUCUGAGUCAUAUUGCUGCUGCCACCUUCUAAGUCUGCAAUCAUAUGCAGACUUGGGAGUAAGUCCCUUUGAACUUGCUGGAGUAAACACCCAUAGGUUUGCACUGAGAGUGUCAAGAGUGUCUUUUAUGCUGAAAGGAAACAUGUUUUACCUUCAAAAGCUCAUGCCAAUACAAGCUAUAGUCUUGGAGGGCAACAGGACUCUGCCUUCUUCUUUUUUUUUCUAACUACAAUGAUUAGCUAACUUCUUUAUCUUUUAAGGUUACCGCUUCAGGAGACCAAACUGCAAAAGUCUGGGAUGUACGGACUAGUGAGCUACUGGGAGUCUGCAAAGGGCACCAGUGCAGCCUCAAGUCGGUUGCUUUCUCUAAAUUUGAAAGGGGUAAAUAUUCCUAUUUUAUAUUUCAGUAUAUCUCGCCACUUUUGAGGUCAUCUGCUAAUUGACCCUGUUAACUGGAAAUGCCAGGAAAUGAGCCUGAUACUUGCUUCAUGCAAAGCUUGCUUUCUGCCACUGAGUUAUAGUCUUUCUAUGGAUUUAUCACAGGUUUUUAAAAAGCUGCUCCAGUGUUACCAGGAAAGUUUGGAAAUCCUUGGCUUUCCUUUGAAUAGAUGAGAUUGUGGCUAGUCCUGCAUAAAUGGGGUAGAAGUCUCAUGUUGGUACAUCUAGGUAUGUUGGCAGCCUUUGAUGCCUUUGCAUCUGUGGUGAUAUUGUGUCCUUUUCAGAGCUUUGGUGAGUGAAAAGGCAGUGAUUCCAGCUUAGCUCCUCAAUGUGUUUUUUGAGUCUUUCUCAGCCAUCUAAACAGGACUCCUACUGCCCCGUGCUUGGUGCAGGAGAAGGAACAGAAAAUAGAGAUGUCAUAGAGUCCAGAGCCAAAACUUGAUGUUAAAAGAAUUAGAGAUUCCUUGUAACAACAAGUUUCCUAAACCUCAAGUUUCUAUGCAGAAUACCUCCUAAAUAAUUACCGAGUUUAAAUUAAAUUGCAGGGUGGCAUAUGAAAAAUGUUUCAGUAUUUCAAACUGAGAGUACCAUUUUGUACUCUGAGAGUAUUAAAUGGCCCAGGACUGUCAUACCUCAAGGACUGUGUCUCUUCAUAUUAACCAACCUGGACCCCACAAUCAUUUGAGGUUCAUCUUCUGCCUGUGAGAGGUCUGGUGGGUGGCAACACGAGAAUGGGCCCUUUUUGCAGUGGCUCCUCGCUUGGAGAAUGCCCUACCCAAGGAGCCUUGCCUGAUGCCUUUAUUACAUAACUUUAGGUGCCUGGUAAAAAUGUUUCUCUUCUAUUUCUCUUCUCAGUCAAUGGUCUUUUAAACAGCAGGAAGGAGAUACUGUUUUUUGCUUGUUACUAUGUUACAUAUUUUUGUAUAUGUGCAGCUGCCCUGUGAUCCGUGAAUGAAGGGCAGAAUAGAAAUAUUAUUAAUAAUUUUGCACUGUAUAUUCCACAGCUGUGUUCUGUACUGGAGGAAGGGAUGGAAACAUCAUGGUUUGGGACACACGGUGCAAUAAGAAAGGUACAUCCUAUUAUAAUUCAGGUCUGUUCACUUAAUAUGGGCUGAGUGCAGCAUUCAUAAUGAUUGCUGACUUUUUCCCCCCUUUGUAAUGGUGUGAUUGUAGCCUUCCAAUUUAGUUUAUUUACGAGCUCAUUCUCUGUGUGGAACUGCCAUGCAGCGGAGGUCCUUUUAAUAUUGUUUCUUGAAAUUGCCUUUCAGAUGGAUUUUACAGGCAGGUGAAGCAAAUAAGUGGGGCCCACAACAUAGUAGACAAGCAGACUCCAUCCAAACUAAAGAAGAAAAAGCAGAAUGUGAGAGGACUUGCUCCCUCAGUGGUAAGGAUUUGGAAGCUGAAGGCCAUUCAGCGCCCGCUUGUGCAAAGAAAAGAGACUAGCUUUAUAGAAUGUUCUGCUGCAUAAGGUUGAGCUUUGCCUUGGCUUGAAAAUAAACUGUGGACGUUGUAAAUACUAGAGAGUGGGGGCGAGGAGUGAGCGAAUUGAAUCAAAUAGGUCCACAUGAGCCUCUAUCAAUAGCUAGCCUUGCUUCCAGCAAGAGAUAAAAAAAACAAAAAUCCACUGUUUUCACCAGACUAUUCUGUUAGGCUUUUCUCCAAAUUAGUGCCCACACAGUCUGGUGUACAAACUUUUCUCCUUUCAUUUUCCCCAUGUGUAUUAGUGCUUUCUCACACAUGUAUACCUUACAGAACAUUCACCCGCAGGCAGCAUCACACACCACUUGUAUACAUAUGCAUACGUAUAUCUUGAAUUUGUAGCACUCUCCCCUUUGCUGUUUAUUUAUUUAGUAAAUUUAUUUGCGACCCUUCAUCUGGGAAUCACAGGGCGGUUUACAAUAUCGAAACAGAAAUAACAAGCAAAACAAUACCCCCCUCAGACACAGUUUUAAAAGGUUGUUUAAUCAGCCAAAGCUCUGGGGGAAGAGGAAUGUUUUUCUCUGGGGGAAGAGGAAUGUCCUUUCAGUUAAUAAGUAGGAAUAUCACUGGCUUCAGGGCAUGAACGCAUAUCCCAUCUAUGCCACUUCAUGGCCUCGGUUUCCACCUUCUGUUAAUAUUAGGGCAGCAAUUGGGGAGCAAGGAGAAGCUGCUUAAUGAAGCUGUUUACAGGGAAUGUUUAGGAUAAAUCAAGGCUGAAACUACCUCGCAUAACUUUUCUGUGGUUUUCAGACAGAAUUUCUUCCUUCUCCCUAGGAUUUUCAGCAGAGUGUGACAGUGGUGCUACUUCAAGAUGAACACACCUUAAUCUCAGCUGGGGCAGUUGAUGGGUAAGGAAGCAAUUGCGGCAAUUCUUUAAUAAACCCUCCUUAGCUCCUGUCCCACAUCAAGCCCAUCUGGUACUAAAACAACAAAAAACAAGUAAGAAAUAUAGCUGUAUUUUACAGGUGAUGGGCAAAGAUGGAAAGCCAAUUUGGAAUAAACACUGCUCCUUUGCUAUAUGUGUCCUCAAUUUUGAGUUCGCUCAGGAAAAACUCCCUCAUUUCCCUGCGGGGAUGCAUUUUACCACAAGUAAAUUUUUUUACCAGGAAAGUAAAAAAGUUACCUAAUGAGAUAAAAGGAGAUGGGGAGGAAAUAGGUGGUGGCUCUUGGUUAUGUGCAUACGGUUGAGCUGAUUCUUACCCUUGUCCUGGAAUGGGGGCAUACAUACAUACAGCAAACUAUGGAUCAGCAUAUUGCCCUAUUCAGUUGUGAGUGCCCAUAUAAGCUGAUCACAUUUUUAAGCAAAUAUCCACCCAUGCAGUCAUUGGUGGGGGAGGGGGAGGCAAUGGAGCAUAGAAUGCCUUAUCUUGACACAGGGCUCCGAAGGAAAAGGUAUCACCUCCAAUCUCGCGCCCUCCCACAACAUUCCAUUCCCCUUGGUAUGUGUGUUACAAAUGAGAAAGAACUGUGGAGUUCUGAUAGGGCCUGUCUCUUGAAUUUUAGCGUAAUCAAGGUAUGGGACCUGCGCAAGAACUACACCACGUAUCGACAGGAUCCAGUGCCAUCCAGAUCUUUCAGCUACCCUGGGACCAGCACUCGUAAGCUUGGUAUGUCUUAGCAUUGUGCUGAAGAACUGAAGGGAACCAGAGUCCCUUAAAAACAAAACAGCAGGUCUUCCUUUGCUUUCUCACUUUACGGUGAAACACAUUAUGUAGAUCUGUCCAUCUGGCUUCAGCUUCGAUGAACUGUUCCAGGUGGGGAGUGCGGUCCUAAUUUUCCUGGAUCUUCUAGUUGCCUUCAGUACUAUUGACCAUGGUGUCCUUCUGGAUAGGCUUUAUGAAUUAGGGUUUAAGGGCACAGAACUCUGAUGGUUCUGUUCCUACUGGAGGACUGAUUCCAGUAGAUGCUUGGCCCCAUAGCAUCUAUAUUGCUGCCGCCCUGUGCUUUUCAACAUCAACAUGAAGGCUCUGAGUGGGGUCAUCUGGGAAUAUGGAGCAUGAUAUCAACAAACUCCACUCCUUUAACACAUAAUUCAGUUUAGAAGGGCUGGAUGAAUGCUAACCAACUGGAACUCAAUCCAGAGAAGGUGGAGGAACUGCUGGUGUGGGUUGGUAAUGAUCAGUCCGCUGAAUAGAAGUUUGCAGUAUUGCUAUGACCCUAGAAUGGAAAAGAGAGCUAGCUGGGUGGGACUCUGGAUGGGAGCAUUCCACACUGCACCAUUUUGCUGCAGUUUCUAUUUAUUCCCUCUAUAGAUUUCUGAAGCAGCUACUUGUUUAUCAUACAUUUGACAUAGAGCUUUUUUCUCGUCUAGGUUAUUCUAGUCUUGUUUUGGACUCAAGUGGUACCAGCCUAUUCGCUAAUUGCACUGAUGACAAUAUAUACAUGUUCAGUAUGUUGACUACAAAGACCACUCCAGGUAAGAAUGAUUAAUAUCGCACACUAGAUUAUCCUUAAACCAAGGUGCUCAUGAAGCUUAGGCAAAUAUGGCAUGUGUGUGUACAUCGUCAAAUCCUAUGUGUAUUUCCUGUAAAAGAACCUCUACAGUGUUCAAUGAGCCUUGCUCCUUGCUGACUGGGGCUAGUGGGAAUUUAAGUCUAACACAUCUGGGAGCACCAGGUUGGCAAAGCUGCACUGUUAUCUCCACCUACAUUUACCGAGAAGUAAGGCCACUGUAUUCAUAAAAUCUAAAUAUUUGCUUGAUUACUAUAAUGCACCCUAUACACAUCCAUAGAGGAUCUGCUUGUAAUGGGUUAUAAGUGAUUAAAUAAAUACCCAUGAAAUAUAGUUGUGAAUUGUUACCAUGUUCAGUUCCAUAUCCUAUUAUAAUGGAGAGAAGUUGUUCUUGUUUUUGUUUUUGUUUUUUUCACUCUGCCACUUUUGCCAGUGGCUUCUCUUCAAAAUCUGCUCUUAGGCCACCAGAGAGCAGCAAAUACUGAAAGCCUGGAAAAGAGCAGGUGCUGCUCACUUUCCCUUUUGUACUUCCUCUAAUUAAAGUCUCUUCACUAUAGAGUUUAUAGAGCAUAAUUAGUUAAACUUUCUUCUCCACCCAUCCCCUUUUGGAGGAAAUGUGGUCUGAGACAAACUUUUCAUGGAUGUCUGUCUACAUUCCAAGCAUUUGAGCUCAUACUAUAUCCUGCAAUUUAAUUUUGUACAAUUUUAAUAAAAAUUGGCUAGGUCCAAUGAACUUGUUUGGGUGUGUUGGGUGACUUCGCCAAAGGCAAUUUUAAACACCUUAUCCCGAGCCCUGCAUUUAUAGUCAAAUACUUGAUUUUUUAAAUUAAGCAGUUGUGCAGACAUAUACAUUUCUGGCUGUAGUAAUAACAUUGUUCUAGUGGCACCUGGAUUUUUAUUUAUUUCUUGGCAGGGAACUGGGGUGGGAGAUAGCAGUAUAAGAAAAACAUAGAGGCUGCUGGCAGCUGGGUGUACUUAAAGGAAGGAGACUGCAAAGGUAGCAAGUGUAUGUAUUCCCUUAAUGUUAGGAAGCAAAUAGCCCAAUAUGUCAAAUCCACAUGCCAAAGAAACUCCUACCACCUUUACUGUUCUGAAGUCAGUUAUUGCUGCAGAUUAUGGUAUUGCCAUCUAUAUGUAUGGUAUUGCCAUUGCUGCAGAUUAUGGUAUUGGGUGCCGCAAUGAGCUUCUCUUUCAGGACUGAGGGAGGCCUCGGUAACGUUCUAUGCUAAGGCUAGGAAUGCGCCCUUUCCCCCUUCACAGUCAACCCAGAGCUCUUGGCAUCUGCACGUAACUCUCCCCAUUAGUGACAGCCACUUCCAGUUUUUGACGUGCCAAGAGUCACAGCUAUUUGGGGCAGUAGUUCCAAGGCGUAAUCGAUCAGGUGAGCUGUUACGGAGCCCUUAAAAAUAGCCCACUGACCCGUGUCACCGAGCUGGUGCAUAUCCUCCUUGAGAAAUAGGAUACCAGAGGCAGGAAGUGAGAGAGGAGCAGCUUCCCUGACAGAUGCUGGAGCUUCAUUCUCUAUCCAAGAAGUGCUGAAUGCUAAGAGGUUUAAGGAAGCGGCCAUAACUGGGGGCUUUGAAGACCGAGAAGCAGAGCAAAACUGCACUGCAAGGAGUACAUAGGGUAACUGACUGGGGCGAAGGGAAGAGCGGGUCAGAUUUGUUUUAUUGCGAUCUUUUCGUAAGCCAAACCAGAAACCUUUUGAAAAGCAGGGUAUAAAUCAUUUGCCAAAAUAAUUUUGUUUUAUUAUAAACUGCUGGUGAAAUCCUUGUCAGUUUUGGAAUGCCAGACUACAGUAAGAGCCUCCUGGGCUGUACAGCAGGGUUGAGCAGACGGCAGAUCAGGAUCUAAUGGUCAAUCUCUGGGUCAUGAGCUGCAGACAGGCCCAGGUUUCUGACUCCUAGUUGCUCAGCAGUAGUAGCAAUAACGAAACAACCUUUUCCACCUAAAUAAGCCUCCUAAAAAUGGGGACUUUUGUGUGAAAGUUUCAGUUUUGGAAAUAAGUCCCUAAACUCAGAAUGUGCUCAGAGGCACUCUUUUUAAAAUUCUUGUGACUUUUUUUGUUGUUGCACCUCUUAUACUUGGUAGAAGGUAGAAGUUGGGGGGGGGAGUUUGCUAGUAAAAGGCAAAGUGGAUCUGACAAGUCUGAAACUUGCCCACCUUUUGCCAUGCAGACACACGUUCACUUUACAGCAUAAUUCCUGUUUGAUCAGCGUGUAGACCAUAAUAUGAGAUGCCUGAACUUACAGGCAGAAUCCAGCAUAUAUACAUAAACAUUUAGUUACCACCAGCAUUCAUUGUGGGUAAAAGUUAGGAACUGCAUUGUGGUGGUUGCUUGCCCUUGCCCUGAAAUGUUAAUAAGACACUGGCAGUGUUUCCUUGGGGCAGAGUGUGCUUCUGUUGACUGUGUGAGCUUUCCCUUAAUUGUGUGUCCACCCUGCCCUCCGUCAGCCAAGGCCCUCCCAGCCUGAAACGAAAGCCUUUUGGAGAUGACUUCUGAAAAGCUUUGGGCUGAACUUCCACUUUGCUCUUCUUCCAUGUAGGCUUUGUGUCAAGUGAAGCAAGUUUCCCAACCAUUUCACUUGUUGCUUAACUGAGCGCAGCUGUUUCCAAACAAGCCCAGCUUCUAAUACUUUCGCUUCUGAAGUCGGCUGCUCAAAUUUUACUAAAUGGUGCGAAGUAUUAUGAAGGGUUGACGAAAGACUGCUGGGAGUAUUAUUUGACCUCUCAUAUUUUAUUGCAAAGGGAUGCUUCCUCAGCGGACAAGAAGAUCUAGCAGCCUCCCCAACCUGGUGCCCUCCAGAUGUUGAACUCCCAUCAGCCCCAGCCAGCACUGCCAAUAGUCAGGGAUGGCUAGAGCUUCAGAUCCAGGGCUACAAUUCCCCAGAGCUCCCUGGGAAGCAGGACCGAUUGUUAAACCACUCUUCCAUCUGUAGCUCUGGGCAGGGAAUAGGGGUCUCCUAACAACUCUUGACAACCGUAACGAACGGUAGUACCUAGGAUUCUUCUGUGGAAGCCAUGGCUGUUUAAAAGUGGCAUGAUACUGCUUUAAAUGUGUAGUACGGAAGGGGCCCUGAUCCUCGGUGUAUGUGAACUGGCAGGAAAUUGACUCACUAUUGGUCUGUGUGUUUAUAACUACUGACUAAUCCUGAAAGUUUGGUUUUCUUUGUUGAAUCUCAGGGUCCAUUUUCAGUGGGCAUCAAAAUUCCAGUUUCUAUGUCAAAUCCAGCAUCAGCCCAGAUGACCAGUUCUUGAUUAGCGGCUCAAGUGACCAGAAUGCCUACAUCUGGAAGGUAAGCAGCCCCAACCCCUGCGGCUGGUCUCUUCCACACCUAGUGAACACGGAGAGGAGGCAGGACCAGAAUCAUUGGUGCGGGGGCUGCUCCUAGCAUUACUAUGCCAAGAGUAUACAACUGUCAAGCCCAAAUGCAAGUGCUGAUAGAAAACAGCUAACUUCCUGCUUCUACUUUAUUUCAUGGCUCCUGGCUCCUGCUUAUUUCAAGUUGCUGAUCUUAAUCUGGUUUUAAUAGGCCUUUAAAAAAUCCCUUUCGGUCCUGUUUACUCAGCCAGCUAUGACAAGCUGAAAGUUCUUGCUUCAUAUUUAACAGAGUCUAAUGGUUUGUUUUGAUUCUUCCCCCCCCCCCAGCACUUUACCCACUUCACAAGCUCUUUCGUCAGGUUUGUCUCUCUUCUUCCUCUCCUCCUGCUCUACUUUUCACCUUCCUAGAUGCUUAGUAUUCAGGAGUUAAGGCCUCCGCAUUAUUAGGGUGGCUGAGCCAGAGCUUUCAGCAAAAUUCCCAAGCAGCUGAGAAGCUUAGCUGGCACACUGAGAUGAUGUGAGGAGGAAUGCAAACGGCUUUUGUAUUAUUAUUUCUCCACCCAAGGGCACUUACUUAUAUAGGCUUUUUUUUUCGUCCACCCCAUCCAGUGUAAAACAAACUCAGUAACUGAGGUGCCUUCUGCUAAAUUUUAUUUAUUAAAUAUUCAAUACUGCCCUUUGUCCAUAGAUCUCAGGGCAGUUCACAACGUAAAAUUGCAAAGUAAAAAAAACAAAAAAUACAUAAUAAAAAUAAGAACAAGAACAAGCCAAUAACCCACCCACCCCCGCUCUCACAACACAUUUGAAACGGCAUUGGGUGUCAAUCAGCCAAAGUUCUGGUUAAAGAGGAACAUUUUUGCCAGAUGCCUAAAGGUGUAUAAUGAAGGCGCCAGGUAAACCUCCCUGGGUAGAGCAUUCCACAAGUGGGAAGCCACUGCAGAAAGGACCUAUUCUUUUGUUGCUACCUUCUGCACCUCUCAUGGAGUAGGCACACAAAGAAGGGCCUUGGAUGAUGAUCUCAGGGUCCAGGUAGAUUCAUAUGGAAAGAGGUGGUCCUUGAGGUAUUGCGGUCUUCAGCUGUUUAAGGCUUUACAGGUGAACACCAGCACUUGGGCCCAGAAGCUAAUUGGUAGCCAGUGCCACUGGAUCAGUGUUAUAUGCUCAAACCUUGCCCUGGUGAGCAACCUGGCCACCAAAUUCUGCACUAGCUGAAGUUUCAGAACAGUCUUCAGAGACAGCCCUGUGUAGAACACAUUGCAGUAAUCUAACCUAGAGAUUACCACAGCAUAGACAACAUAAAUUAGGCUGUCCCUGUCCAGAAUAAGAAUCUAGAGUGGCCACUUCUUCCCCUGUCAACUUGGGUUGACUUUGGACACAGCAGGUACAAAUCUGUGGUUGCACUUUUAAACUGUGUAAUGGGCGGUCUUUCCUCAUGUGUGAUUCUUAAAACUUCUGUCCUAAAUUCUGGAAUGUUAGCGCUCGGAUUCAUUCAUCUCUCGGCUACCAAAAAUUGGAUACAAGUUCCUUCCCACCACACUGUUCCACACCAGGAACACGUCAGAUCCUGAGAGGGGAACAAAGCAUGAAAUUGAAUCACACCAUACUGACAUCUACAUGAUUCCUUUUCUUAUUUUGAGCAGAGAAGCCAAAAUCAUAGCAUUGGAAAGAACAGAAGGCUAUAUAUCCCCCAUCAACCAAAAAAAAACCCCUUGCCCCAAAGAAUGAUCCUCUGCCUUCCAGUGCCUCCCUUUCCCCACUGCAUUCCAAGUCGCUGUGCCAUAUGCAGAGAUCAAAUCUGUCCAGCCCUUAAGUUGUCAGCUUCUGAGUUGGAAGAGACCCUCUCUGCAGCUUUUCAUAAAUGUGACCACAUUUCUCCUUGUCUUCUCUCUCUGCUCUGGCUCCCUUUCUCUUCAGUUCACUGUAAAGUUCCAUUGUUGUUGUUGUUGUUUAAAAAAAUGUGUGUGCUCUGUUGCUCCUGUUUGUCUUCUUUAAUCCCUCUUUAUAUGCCUCCUGAUUCCAGAUCCUUAGCUGGACCAAACAAUAGAUCUCUUGUCUCAUACUUUUUCUGUCUGUCUCUCUCUUGGCAAGUUAAAAAGCAGCAGUUCCAACAGAGAUCCUUGGGGGAAUCUCCCUCCAUUCUUGCAUCCCUCCGUUGUGAGAGUUGUCAGUUUAUUUCUGUUCUCCGCUUCCUGUUUUUUAUCUAGUUUCUGGCCCAUAAGAGGAUUUAUCCUUUUACCCCGUGAUUGCUCAGUUUCCUUAGGAACCUUUGGUUGAGAGACUUCUGUCAAAGCCUUUUUGAAAGUUGAAAUACUCCGUUAUCUACCAGCCUUCUCUUUUCCACUGAGAUUUUAACUGGUGUCCUUUAAUUGUCCUUCCCUUAUGUUCCUCCUCCUUACUUUACCUCAAGUAUAUGUUUAUUUAGAUUAUUAUCUUGCAGAUACAGUUUUGUGUUCUGUUAAUCUUAAGUUAUGUACUAUACAUUGCCUUGCUUGUUAGAUACUGAAAAACCAUUAUUCAUUAGCUGUUGUCUCUGCGCAAAACAAUAACCUCUUUCACCUUCAAAGGAGCAUAGGGGGCCACCUCUCACCAAUUCUUACGGUGGUCCAUGUUGCUUGGUACUGUCAACACAGGCUAGCAGUGGCUCUUUAGGGUAGGGAUUUCCCCCAAACCUACCUGAACAUACUAGGAAUUAGACCUAGGAUCUUGCGCACGCAAAACAUGCAUUCUACCAGUGAGCCAUUGGCCAUUUCUCUGAGCUAAGUCUUGGAGUUGAGGCUGGUUCACACAAGCAAAGCAGCCAGUCGUGACACUAACAAGUCGUUCUUCAUUGUGGCCUAUCAGGUGUAAGACAGCAUGGAGAUAAUAACCAUCACUCCCUGGGUGAACUUGCCUCACUUUUUGUCUGCACUGCAUGCUGAACCCAUGGGCUUAACUUCUCAAGAGACGUUCCUGCUGUCCUCCUUGUAUUACAUGGCUGCCUGGCCCAACCCUCCAACUCCUUGUCCCGCAACCUGAUUGUCCAAUAAGAGGGAAAUUUAUUAAGACGUCUGUCACUUCGUUGAGCACACUGGAGUUAAAUCAUUGCUUCCACCUCCAACCUAGUGGCCUGAGGUAAAGUUCCCUCAGCGCCAUAACCUUCUCUGGAAGCAGUGUAAUCAAUAUGCUGUAAGGAAAGGAGAUGCAUUAGUAAUAAAGAGCAAGAUUUAUUGUUACCUCAGCAUUUGAGAUACCUUCAGGCAGUACUCCACAAAAAAGUAUCCUGGUAGUUUCUUUUGUUGUGUACACAACUUGUUGUGGCUGAAAACUAUGGCUUUCUCUUGCCAGGGCAAGAGGAGGCUGCAGAAUAUCUAUUGUCCUUAUGGGCCACUAUAGGCACCCCACAUGCAGCGCAGCUUCAAAUGUGAUUAAUUCUAAAAAGCCUGAGUGCUUAUCAGGAGCUGGCAGGGGAGAAGGCAGCCAUUGGAGGUGAAAGCAUUGGUCAUGUCUUAGACGAGGGACAAGGACUUUUGGCCCUCCAGAAGUUGAAUUCCAACUCCCAUCAGCUAGUGGCCAGAGAUGGCAGCAAUUGCAGUCCAGAUCUGGAGGGCUGCAUGUUCCCUAUCCAGAUCUAAAGCCUGGCCUGGGUAUUUGCUGUGGAGUCUGCCACCACUCUGCCUUUUCUGCACAUGAAUUGGCUCUGCCAUUAUUGCAGAUUUGUUUCCAUGCAGAGAUUGGCUGUUCUGGACAGGAGCGUCUUGCCAGCAUGCCAGGCCUGAAUUGUAGGCUGACAUUUGGGAUUGUCUGUUUGUUUAUUUGGUUUAAGAGCAUUUAUAAGCUGCUUAAAGUUUUGUAAAUCUCUUGGCGCUGCGCAACAUAAAAUAACCAUUUUCAUCAAAACAGAAGUGCAGCAUGAAACAGGAGUAUAAAAGCAUAUUAAAAACAAAUAAAAUGGCUAUUCAGGGAAUUCAAAAUCAUAAAACAGGUUUUGAACUUAUGGGCCACAGAAAGUCUGGGUAGUUGCAAUUUCACAAGCUUUAUGGCAGGGGGUGGGUAGUGUUUUCUAACUAUAGUAGAGCUAAGCCAAAGCUGGGCUUAUCCAUUUAUUGCUCCAUCGUGCAUUGAUUAUUGCUCUAAAGAUGAGCAUUUGCAAGGAAGGAUGUGCUCAAAGGUGUCAGUUACCUCUCAAUGCAAUCCCUAGGACUGGGACCAGCUGCUUAGGGCUUUUUUAUUAUUAUUCCUUAUGAAUGUUGAAUCCAGACCCAACAAGAAGUAUGUCUUUUUCGGCCUGCUCUCAUUAAUAAGGGAUUGUGAGACAUUGCUACACACCGUGGAAGGGGGAAAUGGCUAAAUGUAAACACAGAUACUCUCUCUACCAAGAGCUUUAGCUUUAGCUGUUCUCCUUAAAAGGGCUCUGGUUUCCAUGUUGUUGCCUCCUUUGGCAAAGAGGAUGGGUUUUGAACAGGGCAUUUUCUAAAUAUAUAUAGGCAAGAAGCUGACCUAAACUCAGAGGGGCAAAAACCCCUUUAAAAUGCACCAACUGGACUUAAACCCAAUCCUCAGUAUUCUACUUAAGAAAUUUAUGGAUAGCUUUUCAAGCUGCCAGAACAAUAAAGAGAAACUAGAUCAGGAAAAGUAGAGCAUCCUUUUUUUGCUUUUCAUACAUCCUUGCAAAGCUUCAUUUACCCACAUGGUGAAGAAUUUAAUAAAGUUCGCUUAGUCAUCAGUGCAAAUCCUCGUCAAAUAUCACAUUGCUGAUGGUGACUCACAGCUUUGGGAAGGAGAGCGGCUGAAAAAUAGAAUCGAGCAUUUGAGAAUCUGCUGCAGCUUGAGGUUAGCUUAGGUUACUCCUUAUUCAUUAGCGGCCUAAUGAGUCAGAGUAGGUGGCGUGGCAUUUUCUCCCAAUUGCUCCCUCACCUGCGGCAUUGCUAGGUUUUCUGCCUCGGUCAGUACAGAUAGCCAGGAGGAGUUAUGCAUAGAGGACUGUGCUGAAAGAUUUAUUACGCCUAAGGCACUUUCAGGAUGGGGUGGGCAUGCAAGGUCCAGAAAGUGGAGAUCCCAUGCCAUGUCGCCUCUGUCCCUCUUGGUGUCUCUCCAGAAAGAAACCGUAGAACAGGGGUCCUCAAACUGUCCACUCCCCAGGGACCAGUUGAGGCAGCUGGAAAUUACUGAGUCCCACCAGUCGCAAAACAGUGAUCAGUGGUCCAUGCCAGUCACAAAAUGACAGUGGAUGGAGGCAGAGUUCGUCAUAACCAGCUGGAAAUUACUGACAGCUUCUACUGAUUUAUCUAAUCCAUCUUUCCUUUAUAUCCCCAGUUUUUUUAUUUAUAUAAUAAUAAAUAACACACUAACCUUUUAUCUUGCUUUCUGAUACUCUUCAACAUCUCCUCUGGCCCUUUCCCCUCUGAGAAGGGAGCCUUCCCCCCCCCCUCUCACACACAUACACACACCCCUAGCGCUCCUCCACACAGCAUACAAGGAGCUGCUGGUCAUGACAUUAGUCCUGUCAAAGGGCCAUGGCAUAGCUAAGAGGCGGACCAGGCAAGUAAAGAGGCCCCGGGUAGGCUGUGGCACUCAGCCCCCCUGAAAGUGGAUCAAGGCCACACCCCAUAGUCGCCUUUGACUCACAGCAAGCAAAUCUAGCAACAAGGCCUACUGGGAUUUCUGAAUGCAUCACAGUCAAACAGAACCAGUUGUUUCUGUAUGCGAAGCAGAAGGGUGUUGCCUUGACCUUUCAAGAAAAGAAUUCUGAUUUACAGAUCGCUUCCUAUAUGGACGUUCUGUCUGCACACUGCAACAGGGAAUCUAACACAGAAUCGGGCUUCUGAAGGACUUCAGCCUAAUUCAUCAGAGCAAAUUACUUUGCCUUGUGGAUUUGCAGAAGCGUUUGAAAGUGUCCUGGUAAAUCAACCAAGGAGUCUCAAACGGAAAAGCAGGAAUGCUGAAGUUGUGUGUGUUUGGGAGGUGGUGGAGAUUUUUGUGCUGUGCCCUACAUGGGCCAGAGGAUAGUCUGAAGGCACAUGCUACGCUGCUGAAGCUUAGCAGAUCUGUCCCCAUAAGCUCUCUGGGUAUGAGCCUGCCAGGGAACCAGAGGUAAGCUGCUCUGAGCUUUUUGGAGUUACAGCAGGCUGUGCAAGGGUGACUGAAAAAAAAAUCAGUACUUCUUUCUACUCUCCCCUGCUCCCCACGCCACCUGUCUCAUAAUCUUUGUUGCCACCCCAGACUUUUCCAAAAUAUUCUGCAUUAUUUGAGAAUGGAAAAGAUUGCACUUGAAGUGACUCAUACAUAGCUGUUAAUUUUGCAGGUUCUUGACAGGGUACAGGGUUUUGGCUUUAUGCCAGCGUCAGAGAAGCUGUGAUCCUUCAAAUAUUGCUGGCCUCCAACUCCCCCAUCAUCCCUGAGCAUUUCUUAUGUUGGUUGGAGCUGAUAAGAGUUGGGAGUCCAGCAAUAUUUGGAGGACUGCAGUUUCCCCAGCCCUGGCUGAUGUAAUACAGGAUGUGCCCAACAUACGUAUGGAUUUCUAGCUUUCCGUACCUGCACACUUAAAUUUCCCCCCUAUUACUUUUCCUGGGUUAAAAAUGCUUGUCUUCUUUUGAAAGACGUCAUUCGUACCAAGGCUGUCUGCAAAAUAUAACUCUAAGGUGUUAAGAAAUGAAGAUUUUGUAAGCAGCACUGAUGAGCUGGGCUUAUGAUGCCUGUUUUGUAUGUGGCCAGGUUUGUGUGUGCUGUGAUUCUAGAGCAAGGAUGUGGAAGUUAAGGCACUCCAGAUGUUGUCGGACUCCAACUCCCUCCAGCCCCUCUGCCAGAAUGGCCGAAGGUCGGGGAUAAGGAAGUCAUAGUCCAACAACAUCCGGAAAGCCGCAGGUAUCCCUAUAUCAGUCCUAGGGGAAGAUGGGGAAGGAAAAAGCAGGAAUGGUGGUUCUGAAUGCAGAAUUUAGACUUCUGACAACCUUAUUUGUUUGUUUUUAAAUCAUGUUACUUAAAACACCGAGCAGGUUUUGGGACGGGGAAUAUAUAUAAUUUUUAAAAGAAGCUCUUGGGAUUUAUGGCUGACAAGAGAUCUCAGUCAGUAGAGCAUGAGACUCUUAAUUCCAGGGUUGUGGGUUCGAAUCCCACAUUGCGUAAAAGAUUCCUGCAUUGUGGGGGGGGUGAGGUUGGACUAGAUGACCCUCAUGACCCCUUCCGACUAUACAAUUCUAUGAUUCUAUCAUAAGAUAUGCUUGAAAGUGUGCAGCCGACAGCUGCUGAUAUCUCUGAAGCCAGGAAUUGAUGUGGCAGCUGAGUUACAUUUCCAGUGGUUGGGAAGCGAAGGUUGUGUCUUGCAUCGUUCUUUGCCCCUUGCUACAAGUUAGACAACUGGUGCAAACUGAGCAAAAUAAGAGAGUCCUUGCAAAUGUGCAUGAUUUGUACAGCUUUUUUAGAUGCAGAAUUUGGAUGGCUUUUAACAUUUUGUGUGUGCGCACGCACACAUUUCCUCAGCAUGCCACUGGUUUCUCAAUUUCCUUUUAAACUUGCUCUAUUUGAAAGGCAGCACUGUUUGGUAAUUGUGGAUUACAGAGCAGAUUUUGCUAACCUGGCAUCCUCCACAUGUUUUGGGGCUGAUGGGAGUUGUAGUACAAAACAUUCAGAGAGCACCAGGCCGGAAAAUAUCCCAGAUUGAUGUUUGUCCUUCUGAUACCUAGAUGUUUUGAUGUUCCGGUGUCUUCGCUUUUCUGACUUUCUCUGCAAUUCUUCCUUUCUAUAGGUAUCUGAGCCCCAGCUUCCUCCCAUGAUGCUCAUUGGCCACUUGCAGGAGGUCACCUCUGUUGCCUGGUGUCCAUCUGACUUCACUAAGGUUUGCUUCCACAUUUUCAAAAUCUCCCCUUAUGCCUGCCUUUUGGAAGAAACUCCACUAACAAAAGCCUAAAUAUAAUUUCUUUUCAUUUGCUUCAAAGCAAAAGUAGCUUCUCCUGCCCAGAUAGCCUUAAGCCCUUGGCUAUACAACUGACUCUCCCACUGUGAGAUAAGGCAGAUGAAAGGACCUUUUUUGGUUGUAGAGCACCAUUUGUGGAGCUCAAAAGGACCACUGGAGAGACCUGUCAGGAGUAUACAUGGGCCACUGGUAUCAAACUGUAUGCCUUUCUAGAAAAGCUAAUCAAUAGACUGAAACUGACAUGGGGACAAAUAGAAAAGGACACCUUCUCUCUAGUAUGACUCCCCUUUAUCACAUACAAAGCCCAACAAGACAACAACAAGAACCCACCAAGAGCAUAUGAGUCAAUAUGUCUAGCUUGACCCAACAAUUCCUACCCCUCCAUCCCCCUCUGAAAAAAGAAACAAUGCACAUACUUUUGUAAACCAAGAAAAUCUUUAAUAAAAAUAAUUUUAUUUAAUUUUAAGGCCUCGUCUGGCAUGGUUAUCUUUGCACCAGGCAAACCCUUUUUUUUAAUUCUCACAUGUUCUUGUACAUGGAACAUGUGUUUGCUUAGUUCUUCAUAUCUCCCAAUCCCUUUUCCUCUUGUGAUGUGUCUUGUCAAAAUUGUAAGCCUAAAGACAGGGGCUAUCUCCCUUGUUCGUUUUAUGCGUGUGCUUGAUUUGUAAGCUCAAGAGUGGAUUAAAAAAUCCUGUCAACUGAAGAGCUAGUACCUCUUUGUGGAAUUCUUUCCCCAAUAAGGUUUUUACUAUUUCAUCAUUUACAAAGUUACAUGUUUUAAAACUGAAUAUCUCACCAUUCCAAUAGAUUGUCAAAGACAGCUAACAACAUCACUGUUAAAACAAUAAAACAUUUUUUUAAAAUGGAUUUACAGCAUGAAACAACAACAUAAAACAUAAUCUAUAAAAAGCAGCAGCAGAAAAUGCAAAAACUACAGCCAGCAUCUCAUCUUGGUAGCACAGAGACAUAUUUGGCAAUUAUUGGAACCAGAUGUUAUAGCCUAAAGGCCCAUUUUAUACCUUUUUUCUCUUGCUAUGUUUUAUUAUAUUUUAAUUCCAUAAACAGCUCUGAAAUUUAUUUAAGAGGUGGUAUAGAAAUCUAUUGAUUUAAACUUAAUAAGACAGGUGGUUAAAAAAAAAAUAUUACUGACUCAUAAUUCUACCAGGCUCUAAUCUGAAAUGACAUAGCAUUACAUCCUUUAAAAUUCAGCUAAUAAAGAGAGAGACUGAGGUUCUCAAUGUAGCAGGAUAGCUGCAAGUCCCUUCUCUGACACAUUUACCAUUCCCAAAACUCGCCACUCUUCCACUGUUUGUUAGAGAGUCAACAUCUUCACUUGUUUGCAAAGUGCGGCAUUUCUCAGCCGGCUCCCUGUGCUCUUUUGCAGAUUUCCACAUGUUCAGACGACAAUACCGUCAAGAUUUGGCGCUUAAAGCGAGGAACCGAAGAAGAGAACUGUCUAGACAAAAGCAGCUUGGUGGGUUGGGCCUGCCAGAAGAAAGUGGGAGAACAAAGUGGAACAGGUAAGAACUUCCGAGACGCUGACAAACGUUCUCUCCUGUGCAGUAGAUUUGUAGCUUGGGGGCAAUUUCUUUAAUAAAGCAGAGGCAUGGCAGAAAUUAGGUUCGAGAACAGUUUUCACAACAGCUAUAUGAAACUGAUGUCUUGUCAGUGUGUGAAAUACCUGUGUAGCCGGAAGAUGAUUUUUUCCCACCCCUCUGCAUAGCUCAUGGAAGACUAGUAAUUAAAAGUACAUAAGACUAAUUCAGGUUAUCAGUUUGAUGUGCAGCUGAGAGGAUACAGCUGCCACAGAAUAUGAACGUGUGUAUGCAAGGUAACAGGCUGAAUGUCAAAAAGCAUUGCAGACAUGUGGCAAAAUUGUGGCUCGGUGAUUACCAGCUUAAAACAGCAUUUAAAGGCAUGGUAAAACCCAGUCUUGCCACACAUUUGUAAGAAGUGGAAGCAUUCAAACAGCUCUGCAAGUUAAUGCAGUAAGCUGGUCACCUGAAGCUGAUUAUGUUGGCCCUGAAAUCAAGGAUAAUUUUUCUUAUCUUUUAAGGAUUCUCUGUGAAUUGUGCAAAUAAAGAAAAGUUACGAUUGGUUGUAUUGCAUAGUCCAGAGGUUUUCAGACUUUGUGCUCCCAGGGCCCACUUGAGACAAUUACUGAAGCUCACCAGUCAUAAUGAGGCAGCCUUCCUUCCCACCUAGCUAACAGGGCCAGUGGUCAGGGAUGAUGGGAAUUGAAGUCCCAAAAUAGCUGGAGAGCCGAGUUUGGCCAUGCCUGACUAGGCCCUCCCAAGGCAAGCUAAACCUUACACGACAGCUUACUCUUAUGGUUUUAACCCCUUCAUGUUUUAAUUAUAGACUUAAGCAUGUUAUCCCACAAACAAUUGGUUCUAGAUUAUUUAAUCUUCUUCCAAAAAAUACAGUUUUAUUGUUUUGUGAUCAUGUGGAAAAUUCAGUAAUCUGUCACUUCACAAUUGCUGAAGCAUACCCAUGGAAACACUCUUCCUCCUAUCCCUUUCUUCCCACAACUCAAUAACAAAGAAGAAAAAGAACCACCAACGUGGUAAAACUGUUUCAGUGGAUUGUGAUUGAAUCACACAAUUCACACUUAUGCACUAAGGCACAAGACAGUGGCAUAGACCACUUGCUAGCACAACAUUUAUUAUUGGCGAUAGACUGAUCCUAUGGUACAGUUUAAAACAACAAUACUCUGGAUUGUGCUCCCUGCCCUGGGAUUUCACAGUAAUAGGAAAACAGGCUGUCUUUCUGCUUGAGGCAUAAAGCCUCUCUCAUAAUAUGUUCUCCAUAGUCUCAUUUGCAACCAUACAAUUACAGGUACAAGCACACAGUCCAUUCACACACAGUCUAUUUUAAGCAAAGAAAGUAAAGUCAGUAAACUGAAACAAAAGUAAAAGUUCAGGUCUCUUGAGAUGUGCCAAGACAUUCUCCUUCCUUCAGUUCAGAUCUUGUUGCAGCAUCCUGCGCUGCUGAUCUCUUCAUGGUGUUCGGAUCAUUCUUUCUCUGUUCCCAAUGUGUAGUUAGAGAGUUUUUCAUCGUGAGGAGAGACUCAGCAGCCAUCUUGUGGCUAAGAUAGCCACACACCCUAAUUCCAUAAGAAUUGUAUAAUAGACGUCAGUAAACAAAAAUACCAGAAAUUCAACAGCAUACUGUAGAGUGAAGUGUACCUAUCACAUGCAUGCUCACUCUGUGGAUAUCACUGAAAAAGGGGCAGCCCAUAUUGCCAAAGGGAUGAGGCACCUUUUCUUUGAGGAAAGGGUAGUGUUUGGAGGGGCGGAGGCGACCUGGAAGCUGCAUGUGCAUAAUGAGGAAUGGAAUGAGUCAAUAAGGAGAAAAGUUUCUGCCUCCAUAAAAUGAGAACUCCAAGGUCAGCUGAUGAAAUUGAUGGGCUCUAGGCUCAGGAGACUAGAAAUGCAUGAUUACCAUGUGUAAUUCACUGCCACAAAACAUAAUGGCCACUAGAUUAGAGGACUUUAAAAUGGGCUGGAGUAAUACAUAGAGCAGCUUUGGUCAUAGCUAUUAACCAUAAGCCUUAAUGGAGCCUGAUGUCUGGAAGCAGUAUACCUCGGAAUGUCAGAUGCUGGGAACAUAGGGAUGUGGGGGGUGGAACCCUCAUGCUCAUGCCCUGUGAAGUCUUCUUGGGACCUCUGUCUCUGAGAGAAACAAUGCCAGGCUAGGUGGACACUUUGUUUAAUCCAGCUGGGCUGCUUUUGUGUUGUAUUCUUACCCAGAGGGCAGAGAGAGCUCUUCCCCUCUAUCCCACCACAUAAAAAUAAAAGCUUUUGGAGUAGUUUUCCCAGUUGCUAAAAAGAUUGAUGAUAUCUACAGACAGGAAACAGAAGGAGCUGGCUAGAGUCCUCUUAGCAACUCAUAAAUAAAAAAAUUCCUGAAAGAGGUGCCCGCUCUGAAGGAAAAGUAGUGUUUGGUUUUUGUUCAAUGAAAAAGUAAAGUUAAAUAAAUAAAUAUGCAUGCAUGCAUGCAUGGACAAUUGUGGGAAAGAUGCCCUGCUGGGGAGCAAAUGUCUUACAGCAGUGGUUCCCAAUUGGGGAUCUGUGUAAUCCUCCCAGGGGGUCUGUGGCACAUAACCACCAGCUGUCCGGGACAUCCCAUUUGGGGGUACUAUGCUCUUGUGUGGGUCACAUGACUCAUGCAGGAGUACAGCCCGGUUUUGUGCUGGAACAUGUUGGAGGGUACAGUAGCACAAUUCACAUAACGAAAACUACCACAGAGAUAAUCGACUUUUUCAAAAGUAGGGGAUCCAUGGCUUGGCUUUUGAAAAAACAGGGGGUCUGCAGUACUUAGCUAAUUGAGAACCACCAGCUUACAAGACUAAUGAAAUGGUUAAAAGUUAAAGAGCUAUUCUUCAUGGCAGUGCUAUUCUUCAUAGCAGUGGUGGGGAACCUGUGGCCCUCCAGAUGUUGCUGAACUCACAUCCUGAUCAUUGGCUAUGCUGGCCGUUAUUGAUGGGAAUUGGAGUCCAACAUCUGGAAGCCAUCAAAUUCUGGGCAGCCGUGAGAUGCAAUCGUGGCAGCAGCAGCUGUGUGUUUACAGUUAUCUUUCAAGCUCAUUUACCUGGCCAAGCUAUGUUUGGGAAGGGGUGUGCAUGUGUCUAUUACUGUUCUAGGACAAUGCAGCACAAGGAAUGUAAACAAAUAGAGUUUCCUGGUUCAACCUGGCUUGUAUAAAUAAUAAUAAAACCAUCUUUAUCUAAAUCCUCUGGGUAGGGCAUACAAAUAUUUGGAUUAAGAGGAAUUCUAGUUAUGUAGUGCUGAACUAGUGGUUCAGAGCUAAGGUUUAUACAACCUCCAUCCCCACCCCAAAAGUUUCCUGAGUAAAAUCAGUACUCCUGGGCUUUGUCCACAGCCCUAAGCACCUCCUUGGGUUGUAUCCUGCCCAUCCAUGGGACUGCAGUGGCAGAUACAAUCAUAGUUGCUAAGCAAGCCCAUAGGGAAAUUCGUUUUGCGAAGCGCCUCCAAAACGGAAAACCCUUUCGUCUAGCGGGUUUUCCGUCUUGCGAGGCGUUCGUCUUGCGGGGUACCACUGUAAUCUCAAAUCCAGAAAUCCUACUGUGAACAGAAUUACCAGGCAGGUUUACGCUAUUUAUUGUACUGUUGUCAGUGUGCUUGGCACUUAACAGGGUGAUAGCAAGACAGAUCCCUACUCUGUGGAGGUAACAGGAAGGAUAUGCAUUCAGUCCAGGCCACUAAAUUAUGACUUGACUUUUCCUGCCCUACAGUCCAUUCAGAGCAAAUAGAAAUAGUGUGGCAAAUUAUUCAGGACAGUGUUCUUCUUCCUUACUUGUUAUUUGCAGAAAAAGGGGGCAUUAGUGGAGAGGAUAAAAGAGGACAUUAGCCUGCCCUAGGUUCAGAAUAGCAAGUUGGAGGUGUGGCUUGUGCAAAAGAGCAGGGAGCUUGUAGGGAUUUGCCCUGAACAAUUGCAGUUGCUGCUGUUUCUGUCUGAAUCGAGAGGCUUUGCAGUCCUUGCCUUUCUGUUCAGCUUAGUUUUGCAAGUAAAUGAGCUAGAACCUCAAACUAUUAAUAACCACUACGAUUUGUGAAGGUCCAAUUGAUGUCCUAAAGCAAUUUUGUAUGGGUCUACAGCUGUGUAGCAAAUUAUUGGCACCAGACCUAAUAUCUUGAUCUUGGGGACCAGAAGUUUUUCCAAUUCUAUCCCUAAUCCCAUGAGUUUGUCUAAAAAAAAACCCGUAACAAAUCCAAAAGGUAUGUAAGAACCCCUGUGCCAUACCCACAAGAGAGGGUAUCCCAGAUACUGCUUUUGACCUGGAGGCUGUUUUUUUUCACCUUCACAAAUGGCUUCUUUCAACCCAGAGAAAUGGAAGAAAGGGAUUGUUUUGCCAACAUAGAAUUCACUUGCAGGAAACUUGCAGAACAAUAGGAGGGUAUGUGCCAGUUCUUUCGUGCUGUGUGUAUCUCGUGUACACACGCAUACGUCAUUAUCCUCUUAGGAAACAUACUUUUAAAAAAACCAACUUCCUAUUGAUACAGAAGUAGUUGUUAAAUCUCCCAGCUUGAAAACUGCAAGCGAUGUCCGUGCUGGAUAUUUACAGUGAAAAAGUUGGCUCUUGUUAGGAAAAAAAUGGAUACCUUAUUCUUUUUUCAGCUCAGGAAUGGGAAAGGAAGUGCAAGGACCGUGCAGACAUAGGCAGACUUCCUACAUACUUUGGCUUUUUGAACACCAAACAUGUGUUAUGUGCACACAAUAGCUAUUUGCACUCCAAUUCACUGUUGCCUUAACCAGGUACUAUUUUAUUGGAAUAAGACGUGCAUCCAACUCGCGAUUGGCACAAGCUGCGGCUGUGCAGAGACUAUUAAACUGACUGCAAUAUAGAGCAAGCUCUUCUUCCCUCUCACUUCAGAGCUAUAAGCUGGGAGGCAGGGUGCUGUACAAGUCUUUGAAACCUUCAAGAAGAUGAGUCUUGCUUCAGUGUUUGUUUUACUUGCAUGCAUGUCCAUAAUUUUAGGCUGCAAUCCUCAGAAGUUUGCAAUGAGAGAUCCUUUGACUAUGUGGAAUGCUAGUAUGUCCUGAUUGUGCCCUUGAUUUCUUCACACUUGGGAUGCUUUGUCCUCAUCUGGGCUUUGUGUUUUACCUUCAGGAACUCAAAGCAGCAGCCAGGGGACUCCUGCUAAAGCCUCUCUGACGGGCAGCCCCCCUAUUUCUUCGCCGCAGCCUGCAUCGUGCGCUCCAGCUCACACUGGAGAUCUUCCUCUUCCCUCCAGCACACCAACAUCGUCAUCGGUCAAACCUCCAGGCACAUUGGCCUACAUUCCAACAAGGCAGAAGGAAACCGCUACAGACACAAUGCCCAAACCAGCUCCUCCUUCAGUUAUGUCCAUUCGGCAGUGGGUUACCAAGACUCCAAAUGUAUCUUCCCAUGUGAAAGCCCCGGCAGAGAUUUCUCAGGUCCUCGCCACUUCUGAAUCGCCACGUCUGAGGCUUGAGGUGCGAGCCAAGAGGAGGCUAGACUCCAGCAAGGAAGGACCUACCAAGUGCCUAAGAACCUGCAACUGUGUGACUGAUCUUCACCCGGUGCCUAAAAAAUCUAGGCCGCAGCAGGACACUUUGGAAGCAGACUUAGAAGGGGAAGGCUGCCUGACCCUCAGUGGUCAAGCUCAGGCCGCUGAAAGCCUGGAAGGGCCUUCCCCACCUGGAAAUCCUUGUUCCCCUGCAAGCUUCUCAAACCUUUCGCUUCCUCUCAAGGCCCCUUGUGGGAAAAUGGCGGACAAGGAGAACGGUUCUCCAGACAAAAGAAACUGGCUGUCUGCUUUAGGGGACAAGCUGCGGAAUAGCAAGCCUACUUGCCCAAAUGGGUCUGGCUGCAGCUCCCAGCCGUUGCGGAAUCUGAGCACGAGGCGACUGGAAGCUGGGACAGGAAUUGUGUCACCAGGGCCUGUAAGUACAUUUAACUUGGCUACAACAUCUUUGAUAUUUGAGUUUAUUUCUGGGGUUCCCAGUGUGUGGUGCCUGAGGAGACCCUGUAGUCCCUCAGAUACUCCACUUGUUACAUGCCACUCCCAAUGUUUAAUUUAUGUGUGUGUGUUCUAUUUUUGGAGGUUUCCCCCUUUCAAAAAUUUUUUGGCAGUUGCUGGGAUGGCUGAAAGGGGAAAUGCCGGUCUCCAGCUGUCCCCUUUCCAUUCCCCAAAGGGAAGAUGCCAUCACUGAACAAAGCUGACAUCAUUGUCGCACAAACAGUACUGUGUGGAUUCUGAACCCAAAGAGCACCAAUUCCAGAAUUGUUAAGACAUUGCUCUGAUUUCACUUAAACUGUUGUUUACAUGCUACCCAUAUGACUGGGUUGCCCAAAACACUGUAGGCAGCUCCCAAGAAAAUACUGAAAACACCAAACAUUAAAAACGUCUCUGCACAGCGCUGCCUUCAGAUGCCUUCUAAAAAGUCAAAUAGUUGUUUAUUUCCUUGACAUCUGACGGGAGGGCGUUCCACAGGGCAGGCACCACUACCGAGAAGGCCCUCUGCCUGGUUCACUUCUCACAGUGAGGGAGCUGCCAGAAGGUCCUCGGAGCUGGAUCUCAGUGUCUGAACUGAACGAUUGGAGUAGAGACGCUCCUUCAGGUAUACCAGGCAGCAGUGCUAUUUUUCUAGAAAAAUAGGUGCAGGACGCACCAUGAACACCUCUCUUGUUCUCUUAUAAUGGCAAUAGCGCCCAUCUGGUAAGUGCAGGAACUGAGUUCCAGCGACUUCCGGCUGAAAAAAGGCCAAAGGCUUUAAAGGUCAGCACCAACACUGAAUUGUGCUUGCAGCACAAUUUAAAAUGUUGUACAGUAUGUUUCAGGAUUUGGAUCCCUCUCACUUCAAAUUCUAAGACUUGAUCAUUGUUCCCCACAUCCUCCUCUUUCUGUAGGCAAGUGGUGCGGCAUUGAAAUGAUGGGGGUGAUGCAGAGGGUGCUAUGGGGAUAUGUUAAAGGGAUGUGGCUGGCAAAAGUGAGGAAAAUGGGAGUGGCGCUGUGGGUUAAACCACAGAGCCUAGGUCAGCGGUUCAAAUCCCCGCGAUAGGGUGAGCUCCCGUUGCUCGGUCCCUGCUCCUGCCAACCUAGCAGUUUGAAAGCACGUCAAAGUGCAAGUAGAUAAAUAGGUACCGCUCCGGCGGGAAGGUAAACGGCAUUUCCGUGCGCUGCUCUGGUUCGCCAGAAACGGCUUAGUCAUCCUGGCCACAUGACCCGGAAGCUGUAUGCCGGCUCCCUCGGCCAAUAAAGCGAGAUGAACGCCGCAACCCCAGAGUCAGCCACGACUGGACCUAAUGGUCAGGGGUCCCUUUACCUUUUACUAGGACAUGCCAGGCACAGAUGAAGUAGGGCAGCCCGUUUAUGUGAAUGUUUACCCCACCCUGUUCUAUUGUUCAGAGUGGCUUGAGCAUUUUUAAGUGUUUUCUGCCUUCCCUUCAAUCCCAUUUAAAGGCUUUGAUGAGGGUUGUUGCUGACAGCAGGAAACAGCACCGGGAAGCAAAUCAUCCAUUGUUAUCUGAGUUUCUUUUCCUGCUCUGUCACAGCAGGCAAAGCUGCAGCAAUAGAUACAAGGAAGUGGAGCUUAGCUGUGUAAUGGGGAUGGAAACAUUUAUAACAGGACUGCUGCAUUCCAUUCCGUGAUAGGAAGGACACUUUGCUUUGGGGUUAUGGGAAACGUAUUUGCCAUUUUUUGGAGACCAGGACAGAACUGGGGCUCUCUUGCUCCAUGGGUAGCUAACUUCACCUUGCUCAAUUUCUCUGAUUAUGUUUUCUGGAAGGCAGUAGUACUUCAUAGUGCAGAUCCUGCACUCUGAGAGUUGCAGUGAGGAUAACACCAUCUCACUCAGAUAAUGAGUGGGUAACUCAGGGCUGCCCUUUCCUUGAGAGAAGAAGGGGGUUCUGCCCUUGCUCAGCAGCAUCAACUUGAUACUUAUGGACCGCUGCCAGGCUUGCAUUCUGCAGUUUGUUGUCUUCUCAAGAGCCAGUAAGGUGUAAGACUUGACAUGAUGCUUGAUAGCGUCUGGGUUCACAGCCAUGCACAACUCUGUUGUCUGCGGUGGGGGACAACCAUAUUGUGCCAGUUUGAGAACUUUGUGGUGGGGAGAGGAAUGAGACAAAAAUAUUAUAAAAUAAGGUUCCUUUUGGUACUUCUGCAAACCUUGGGGUUCCCCAGAGAUUGCUGAUACCUCAGCAUUAAUGGUGCUGUUUUGGGUACAUGAGGAUCCUGAGGAAGUUCAUUAUUAGGAUUCAAAUUUCUGGACUAGAAUGGCUUUAGAGAGGAUAAAAGUUUCAAAAAAAAAUACAUAUCCAAUGUCUAUAAGUAUGUCUGACCUGAUACCUAACUCUGCCUUUCUUUUCCCCUCGCAGGGCGUAGCUACUUUGGUUCCCAUGAGGAAGAUUUGCACAUACUUUGAGCGAAAAUUGCAGAAAAACUGACGAGUAACAUUCUUCUAGACUUUCUGUAAUGUUGUAGCAUACUUGAUAUUACUGUGAGUGGAUUUGUACCACCCAUUGAAAGACACUGUUGUCUUUGGACCUUAAUAAAAUUAACUUCCUGAUUUAUUUUUUAAAAAAUUAUAAAAUCUGUUAUCCAUUUAUUGCAUUUAAUUAGUUAAUACACCAGCUAAGGGGGGAUAUCUGCUCAAUUAAUGUAUAGGAACAGAUAGAUUUUAAAAUAUAAACUGUGGUGUGUGUUUUUAAUUGUAAUGUUUCUAACAACCUUUUUCUCAAAUCCUUUGUAUUUCUUUGUUGGAAAUAUGUUUUGCCAUGUCUGGCAUACUGCUUUCAAUGAAAGGAGGUUUCAAGUACAACAUUAGCACCCUGCCUUUAAUGGUAAAAUUAGAUAUUUAGCUGAGCCUCUGACUCCCAUUGAAAGAAAUAUCUAUAUUUUGUGCUGCUCAUUCUUCCAUUGUUGCAACAGUGUAAAUGUGACUUGUUUUAUAUGAAUGCAAAGUUUCUUAACACCCGU